CCGCCGGUCUCCUCAGGGCUGAGGGACGGUAUCGGCCAUGGUGGGCGGGCGGCUGGGCGCGGCGGGAGAGCUGCUCCGCGAGCUGCUGGUUGAGGAGGCCCCGCCCCGCAUCGCGGCCCUCAUUGAGGAGCUGUUCCGGGCGGCGGGGGCCCUCGGCGAGGCGGACGGCGGCGCGGCGGAGGUUGAAGAGGGUGCAAUAAGCCUGUGGAACUGGGCUGUAACCAAACACACGGGUUCUGUCAUCAGCGAUGAACAAAGAGCUAAAUUGAGAUUUGUUGCUUGCAGGCUGGUGCACCUUUGUGAAGGCAGUGAUCCUCCAGAGGGAACCAUUCGGAGGCAGAUUUUGAUGUCGAUGAAAACUGGAAAAGGGUGGAUAGAUAUUGGCAAAGCUGAUGUUGCUGAUGAAUUCUUAGAGAUUGCCAUGAAUAGCAUAGAAAAGCUGUCUGCAAAAUUACGCAAGGAGGGCGAUGGUGAAGCAGAUAUUCAUGUGUGCAGAGCUGAUGUGGAGAAGGACCUCUUCAAAGUGCUCUCUUAUCAGGCUGAAUCAGCAGUUGCUCAGGGGGAUUUUCAGAAAGCAACGCAAUGCGUGCAGCGCUGCAGGGACAUGUUGGUGAGGCUGCCGAGAGAGACCCGUUACCUGGCAAUCCUCUGUUACAACUUCGGAGUGGAAACCUAUGACUGUAGGAAGUAUGAGCAGAGCUCCGUUUGGCUCAGCCAGAGUUACGACAUUGGGAAGAUGGACGUGAAGAAUUCUGUUGGGAAAGAGAUGCAGGCAAAAGCGCUGCGCUUGUUAGCAACUGCCUAUUUCGAGUGGGAUUGCAGCCUGCAUCUUGACAAGGCACUGAAGGCUAUCGACUUGGCAAACAAGGAGAAUUUGCAUCCAGCAGGGUUUUUUCUGAAAGUUAAAAUUCUUCUUAAAAGUGGAGCAUCAGAUGAAGACAUCAGCUCAGCUGUUGCAGAAUUCCAGCACCAUGAGAUGUCUUUAGACUUUUGUUUGAAUACUGCCAAGCUGCUGCUGGAGCAUGGAAGGGAAUCAGUUGGCUUUGAUUUCCUGAAAUCUGUUGCUGAACGAUUUGAAGCUUCACCUGACUUUGGAAAAGUCACCCUGCUCUACAUCGAGUUCUUGUUGCAGAAUAAGAGGGAGCUGCUUGCUAAGCAAAAGGUUGAAGAAAUUAUUAUAGGUCACUACACUGGGAAACAGCUGCUGCCUGAAACCUUGAACCGACUGCACAUCAUCCUGUGGGACACAGCUGCCAAACAUUAUGAGGCAAAAAGCUAUUCUGAAGCUCUUAACUGGUACAACUAUUCUGUCAGCUUCUAUACACCUGGGCAGAUAGAUCAGAAUCUGGCUAAGUUGCAGAGAAAUAUGGCUUCUUGCUAUCUUCAUCUGAAACAAAUUGACAAGGCUAAAGAGGCAGUUAAAGAAGCAGAAAGGUGUGAUCCAAACAGCAUCUUUACUCAGUUCAGCAUCUAUAAGAUUGCAGUGAUGGAGAAUGACACUGAUAAAGCUGUGGAAGCAAUUAUUGAAAUGGGGAAGCUAGCUGAAAAGCCAUCUCAACAUGAAGACAAGCUGGUAGUGGAUGAAAGUAUGAGCAGUAACCUCCUGAGUUUGGCUGCCCAAAUUGCUUUAGAGCAUGAUCAACAAGUUGUGGCUAUCAGAGCUCUGGAGCACCUGUCUGAACGUUCCCAAGACUGCCGACAAGUAUUUGCAGCUUUAAAAUGUUUGGUUCGUCUUACGUUGUCAAAAGUAGAAAAAGAAGAGAAAAGAGAUGAAGACCUCAAGUCGAUGCUGACUUAUCUGACCUUGGCUCACCAGAAACUUGCUGAGCCUUUCACAGAGGAGAAUUUGACAAGAGAUGUAAGGACUUCAGAAGCCCACUGGUUUAGAAAAGUUGCCUGGAACUUAGCUGUGCAGCUCAAGGACUGCCCUGCAAAGAUGAGGGAUUUUUUUGUCCUGUCUUUCAAGUUAUCCCAGUUCUGUCCCUCUGACAAGGCUGUUCUAAUUGCUCAGAAGACAUGCUUGUUAAUGGCAGCUGCAAUUGAUCUGGAGCUGGGGAGACAAGAAGUAACACUUUCUGAGCAGGUGGAGUUUUGGAAUCAGGCUCUCCAACAUCUCCAGGCGUGCAGAGAGAUAUGGAAAGUUCUGAAAUUAACGGGAGAUUUUUCUAAAGACCCAACAGACACUUUGUUGCUGCUCUAUGAAUUUGAAGCAAGAUCCAAGCUUAAUGAUCCAGCACUCAAUAACUUCAUGGAGUCACUGUGGGAGCAACCACACAUAGAGAUCAAGACACUAGAAAUCAUUGCAUCAUUAGCCAUGGAACCUCCAGCUCGGUAUCCUGUGCUGUGUAAGAAAGCUCUGAAGAGUGCCCUGAGCCUUUACAGAAAGCAAACUACCACUGAUGCUGUGAAAUUUAGCAACUGCUUGCAUAGUUUGAUUAAUCUUUCUUUGCCAACUGGAGUGACAGACUUGGAUGCCUGUGUGCUGCAGGAGGUGUGGGGCUACUUUGAAGAUGCUCUGAAUGUAGUCAGCAGCUCAGAUAGUUAUCCGGAGAUGGAGAUCCUUUGGUUGAUGACAAGAGCCUGGAACACAGGGAUAUUUCAGUAUACUGUUGGUAAAUAUCAGGAAGCAGAGCAGUGGUGUGGAUUAGGAAUGCGUUUCCUCAAUCAUUUAGGAUCACUGAAGAAAAGCUACGAGGGACAUAUGGUCGGCCUUUAUAGUGAGGUUCUGGAUAAAUUGGACAGAGUAAAAGAGUGUCUUCCAAAUGAAGAAUAAUGAUAAGCACAACUGCAGGAAAGGAGGACAGCAGUUGGAAGCAUCCUGCUGGAGGAAGGAGGCUGUUAGCUCUACGAGGGCACAGGAGCAGUGGGAAGAAAACCAGAAUCUCCCUCUUGUUGGCUAUUAAGUUAUGUGUUGAUUGAAUUUGUGUUAUUGUUUCCCUCUAGGAGAAUUUCAUUCUGUGGAGCUGUGUAGCAGAAAUAAAUACGUAAGUUUCUCUUGAGAUGGUUCUGCUGUUGUGUCACGGGUUAAUUGAAGUACCUGAUUUUAGUAGUAAGUGGCACUGUGAGCCAUGGAAGUAUUCCAGUACCAGGCAUCUCCUUGGGAUGCCACAGCUGCCGUGCUGCAUAAAUAUUUAUCAGAUGGUUUCGUUUUCAGUCCAUCUCAGUGGGGACAAGAAUUCAGAGCUGUUUGCCAUGAUGGCAGUUCAGAACAGAAAAGAGCAGGUGCUACCCAGCUCGCAGAAGAAAGCCACAGCUUUUGCUAUGUACUGCUUUUUUUUAUGGACUGCUGGCUGCAACAGUCAGAGCUCAGCAUGAAGUGCCCCCAGAUCCACAUAAAAACACAGGCUGGUAAAUGGAUGCAUCCAGCUACAGCUGGAUCACCUGAAGUGAUACAUCCCAUCUGAACCUCAGCCUGGAUAAGGGAUGAUGGAGUGAGGUUAAGAGAUCUUAGAUCGUAGUUCUGUGCAACCUCUGCUGUUUAAUCAGCAGCUUCAGAAGUCAGAAAAUAAAUGGUCUGAGUGUUAUUUUCAGUACUGCACUCCAUGACAUAUCUUGGUGUCCCCCUCCAGGGCAUAAAUCUUGGCUGCACUGAGUGCAUAUGAGCACAAGGUCAGAGUGUGUGUAGCUUCUGAUGUGCUCAGUCCUUUGGAAGAAAGUAACACUGCCUGGGAUGGGAGAAAGGGGCAGUGCACUGCAAUGAAGGCUUUGGAGUGCUGAGUUCUGUGGGGUGUAGCAGCUAAAGGUGUUUAUUAUAGGAGCUUAAACAAAAAAAAAACCAACACAAAGCCACCCAAAAAGCUGAUGGGGUGCUUGAACAAAAACCACAGGUUCAGGGUAUCAGUGCCUCUUGAGAAGGUGAGGUGGGUAGCUGUCAUAGCUAGCACGUGCACACUGAUUGCUUUUCAGUUUGGGGAGUAAGAAGCCAUAAUGCACAACCAAGUACAUAUGGAAGAUUCUGUCUUUUGUGUGAUGAGCCAUGCAUACAUUUGUGUGAUCUGUAACUGGGCGUGUGUGCUAUGGGGAUUCUUCUGCUGUUUCUGUAAGGGGAAAUUGAAGAUGUGAGGGGCACUGCACCUACUGGCAUUUAGGGUCCUCAUGUUUGCUUACCAGCGAGCUAGAAGUGUUUUGCUGCUUGAGAUUGAGAUCUCUGCAAGCAGCUGUUUUCAGCUCUUUAAUGCACAACGUGCUGUCUGUCAGAGAAAGACCUCUGAACCCCUCAAAAGCCAGGCCUCAGCAGUGGCACUGAAUUCUGCUGCAGUCCCAGUGUUGGAGGCAUACACUGCAUUCCCUGUACCUGGCCACCAUGGAUGCCAUACAGUUCAGGUAAUCCUUGCUGCUGGUGCAUCUCUGCACUGCCUCUAAUGAUGCCCUCAGCUCUGACUUGCACAGACAGGUGAGGAGGUCGUUGUGUGCCCAGUGAGUGUGGUAGGUAAUUGCAUACAGCCACUGGAAGAUAGCAAGCAUUUCAUGUGUUUUUGCCCACAGCCAGAACUGUGUGAUCGUUUUUAUUAACAGCUCAGUUUGCUUUCUCUCAUGCUACAGAUUUCAGCAGAAUGGACUUGCUGGUAACAGUACUUCUUAACUCUUUGCUGCUCAUCUUUUGCAUUGUGCAUUUUAUUGCAGGCUUCAUAUUUACCAUAGCUUUUAAAUAGAGCAAGAGUUCCUCUCCAGGUUGAAUCAGACCUUAAUGAGCUGGAUUCCCAGUUUAUUUUACCUAUUCCCAACAGGUAGUUUGUGUGCAAACACCCUUCUUUGCAGGCUGUUUGCUGGUGUAGAUGCAGGCUGGUCUGUGCAGUGGGUGUCUUACUAGGCUGAGUGUUGCAUUGUAGUCCCAUUAGGGAUAGAGGGAAAAAUAAACUCAGUGCUGUUUGCUCCUCA